GUCGGCCACCGUACUCUUGCCAGCUCAUGACGUCAGCGGCAAUCAGCGGUCUCCGGGCAGUUACGGUAGAGUCGAGAGGAAGGAGCGACGAUGGUCCUCAUCAAGGAGUACCGUGUGGUUUUACCCUGUAGUGUUGAGGAGUAUCAAGUGGGGCAGCUGUUCUCAGUGGCUGAAGCAAGUAAAAAUGAGACGGGUGGUGGUGAGGGCAUUGAGGUACUCAAAAAUGAGCCCUACGAAAAAGACGGCGAGAAAGGACAGUACACACACAAAAUCUACCACCUAAAGAGUAAAGUCCCAGGGUUUGUCAAGCUCUUAGCCCCUGAAGGCGCCCUUGUAUUCCAUGAAAAAGCCUGGAAUGCCUACCCCUACUGCAGAACCAUUGUGACGAAUGAGUAUAUGAAAGACAAUUUCUUCAUUAAUAUUGAGACAUGGCACAAACCAGACCUUGGAACACAAGAAAAUGUGCACAAACUAGACAACUACACAUGGCAGAAUGUAUCUGUUGUGCCCAUUGACAUUACAGACAGAAGUCAAGUGUCUGCUGCUGACUACAAGCCAGAUGAGGACCCAGCCAAGUUCAAGUCAGUUAAGACUGGCAGAGGACCCCUUGGGCCCUCCUGGAAGAGAGAGCUGGUUAGUAAGACUGACUGCCCAAGGAUGUGUGCCUACAAACUGGUCACAGUCAAGUUCAAGUGGUGGGGCCUGCAGACCAAAGUGGAGAACUUCAUCCAUGAGCAAGAGAAGAGGAUCUUCACUAACUUCCACCGCCAGCUCUUCUGUUGGAUUGAUAAGUGGGUGGAGCUGACUAUGGAUGAUAUCCGGCGGAUGGAGGCAGAGACGCAGAAGGAGCUGGAUGAGAUGCGUAAGAGAGGCUCUGUGCGAGGUACAAGGGCUGCAGAUGAGUAGCCAGGCCAGGUGUAGCUCUGAGUUUUGCUGUCUUCGCAAACGGGGUGAAGUACGAGGAACCAGUGCUGCAGACGAAUGAAAAGGCAAAGGAUUUUAAACACCACGAUGACAACAGCGAUGGAGACUGCUAAGAGGGCUCCUUUGGUGCCACUUUUUUUUUUUUUUUUUUUUUUUUACCUGAACUGAUUCAGGCUGUGGAGGAGGGGGCUCUGCUACCUGCAAUCAAUAGAGCAGAUCCCUGACUUGCACCCAAUCAUAGACAUUCUAUACACUGAGGAAUUGAUUUCUAGAAACCAACACGAUCCUAGCUGAUAAGACUUAAUUUUGAUCUCCUGGGCAGAGGAAGGCUAGCUAUCAGCAUCAUGUUAUUGACAACACCUAGCCUUCUGGAGAGAUAUGAAGAGGAGCCACUUGCAGUAGAGAAUUUUUUACAAAAGCAAAUUCAUUGGCUUGAUUCCACAGUGGCAGGUGUUGGACCAAAUAUUUCCUCUGUAUUAUUUUGAUUUCCUUUUUUUUUUUUUUAAUGUUAUCUCCAAAACAUUCCUCUAAAGAUGAUGCCCUCUCUGACCUCUCUUUGUCUCCUCCUUGGUUUUAACUGUACACACUGUGGCUCUGUGGUUCGCAUUCCCCGGCAUGAGUCUGUCUGUUUGUCAUACUCGUGUUCCUUCCUGCCACAGCCUCCAUUAAGAGAUUACUAACACUCUUGGCGCCUUGGCCUAUUGUAAUCCCCCCCCAAUCACCCCACCUUACCCAAAGCACUGCAUCUUAUUAACACUGACAAUCAUGCCCGUACAGGUAUUCACUCUCAUGCAGAAUUAAUAGAAAACCCACACACAUGCAUGUGCCACAUAUACAUCGUGCGCAUAAAGAUAAAUAUGUGAAAUCACUCUCUCACAUACACGCACUCACAGGUGUGGAUGCCUUUGCGGUGACUGAUCUCUUAAAAGCAGGCUGGGCAGAUCCAUGCAAGCUUGUUCAGCUAAAGGAUGUUACUUUGGAAGUGUUUACAGCUAUCACAGAUUUUUUUUAUUUAUUUUUUUCCUUUCCUCCCUCCACGCACUCCCUAUUCCGAAGACAUUCACACAUAACAUACAACACAGCAUUCACCUCCCUAACAGAUGUCCCCAGAGAAACACUGCACUGAAAAACAGCCACAGAUGGUGCUACACCCCUCCAGCCUCUGUCACAAGCCAAACUGCACCGCACUGCUCACCCCACCUCGCCCAGCCCACCCUAGAGGCCUGUCUCGUUCGUCUGGUUCUCCGAGGUAGACCGUUUCCAAAAUGCCUCUUCUUCUGCAUCAUUCUAGGUGUGUUUACAGAUUCAGAACAGCCUUACCAGUGCCCAGCCAACACCAGCACCACACACACACUGCUUGCCUUAAUGUCCGGACCUUUGUACCUAUUGGACCUAUUAUACCUAUUGUACCUCUGCUGCCAGCUAUUGCUCUAGCUACCUCCCUCGUUUCUGACUGGCAAUUUUCCUGACACCUAAAGGUUAGCGCUAGCUAUUAGCUACUACUAGUUAGGAGUAAAUCAUGACAAACAGAGCUUUAUGAGCAAAGUUGUUUGUGAUGACUCUUCCCUUUAUGCUUCCUGAUGUGUGUCACAGCGCCUGAGCAAGUGCAAUUCCUUCAGCAAGCAAAAAAAAAGUUGCUGCCGGAACAAAGGGCUGCAGAUUUACAUCUUUGCCUCAGAUCAGCCGUUUGACGGAUAUGCCAUAUUAAUGACUUUUCAACUCCAUAGUGCACUUUCUUGCCUUAGGCUUCAGAAUCAUGUGGCACUGGCCUACUGUGUUACUUACUAGUGUUACAUACAUACAUAUAUAAAUAUCUAUAUCUAUAUAUCUAUAUAUAUCUAUAUCUAUAUAGAUAUAUAGAUUGGUUUCCUCAUUUGAUCCUCACUGGUGUUCUUUUGAGUUUUUCUGCUUUUUUUGUGGUGUGUCAAUGUCUUAAAUUUGGGGUUCGUUUUUAAAGAUCAAUUUGCAUAUUUUUCCGUAAAGACGUCGAUGUAAUGAAAUACUCUGGGUUUAAAGAAACUAAUGUUUUUUAUUUUCAGAGGGAAUGUGAUCACUUCCUCAGUAAUGGGUUAUUGGCUUGUCCAAAGAGUGUGAAUGGAUUUCUGAUAUGUUUACAUGAAUUCAGCUAUGGUAAUAUAGGAACAUUUGGAAUUGUCUGAGGCAACGGUUUUCAUAACAACAAAGUCUUCUCAGGUGAACAACACACAGGAUCUUUUUGAUAUUGUUACUCAUCAGUUGCCCCAAACACUUCCUUUUGCCAUUCCGUAUCCUUUGUCUGUGGGGAAUUUGGUAAUACAGUUUAAACACAACGGGAAGUGGUUGUAUUGUAGCCUGUUCUAGCGCAGUAUAUGCCCUUUGUUACUGUACUGGAUUUGUAUGCGUAUGUCUCAAAGAGUGAAAAGUGUGAAACAAUUGGUCCUCAGUGUAAUCAAUCUCUCCAAGUCUAUCUCAAUGAUUCCUGCUGUCUGUUAAAUAGAGAACCCAGUAGCUAAAGAGAACAACUUAAAUCAAUGGUUUACCAUCUGUCAAGACGAUGCAGGGGAGAGGAAGUAUUCACUAAGCAACUGUACAGUCUUAUCCUAAUUUAUGAAAUCUACAACUGUUAAUUUCUGAACUGCUUGCUUUUAAAUGUUUCUGAUCAGCUUUUGAAAUUCAGGGGACAUGGUAAUGAAUGUAUUACAUUUUGUGCCUUUUCUUUCUGUAGAUCUUUUUGUGUGCCAUUAAGUCUACAUAUUGUACCUAAAUAUCAAAUAAAUUUUUGUCUGGAAAAUACA